AUCGAUCGCUAGCGUCUUGAACAAAGACUAUCAUUGCUCACGUACAUGCACAUGUACCCACGCCACCGCACAUGUCACACGCGCACGUGGCGGACACGCGAUAAUACAUGCACCUUGUAAGUUCUAUAACACAUGGGACAACCGUAGAAACUGGUACUGUGCAUAUUAUGACUGGCUAUAAUUUGCAAGGAACUCUCUUAAUAACCAGUGGACCUACUUCUAUUGCAUGUAGAAUAAUAAAUAUGUAGCAUAUGCUGUGUUUACGACUGACGCAAAAUCACUCCACCGAAGGUUUUUUGUCUGCUAGCCUAAAGUGCUAUUUUUUCGGGUGUUCCACAGUUUUUCGUCAUGGAUUCGUUGCGCGAGGGUUGGUUUAGUGAGUUCAGCACGCUGUGGCCCGGCCAGUGUAUGUCACUGAAAGUCAAGGAGGUUCUGUUUCACGAAAAAUCUAAAUUUCAGGACGUGCUUGUAUUCGAAAGUGAGAACUACGGCAAUGUGCUUGUUCUCGAUGGCGUCAUUCAGUGCACGGAGCGGGACGAGUUCAGCUAUCAGGAGAUGAUAACCCACCUGCCUCUCAACUCACAUCCCAACCCAAAGAAGGUGUUGGUUGUAGGGGGCGGAGACGGUGGGGUCAUCAGGGAGGUGGUCAAACACCCAGAGGUGGAGAGUGUCACACAGUGCGAAAUCGACGAGAAAGUGAUUGAAGUGAGCAAGAAGUACCUUCCCUACAUGUCCAGUGGCUUUCUGAGCCCCAAGCUGACCCAGCACAUCGGCGACGGCUUCGUCUUCAUGGAGCAGCACCACAACGAGUUUGACGUCAUCAUCACGGACUCGUCGGAUCCAGUAGGGCCAGCAGCAGCGCUAUUUGAGAAGUCUUACUAUGAACUCAUGAAGAAGGCACUUAGACCUGGCGGAAUCGUCUGCACGCAAGGAGAGUGUCUUUGGCUUCACCUGGACCUGAUCAAGACCAUGAAGGAUUUCUGCCAGACGCUGUACCCUGUGGUUGACUACGGCUACUGUACCAUUCCUACCUAUCCCAGCGGUCAGAUUGGCUUCACGCUAUGCAGUCUCAGUCCCGACACCAAUUUCCGGGAGCCGGUGCGACAGUGGACCAAAGCCCAGAAGAAAGAACUCCAAUUAAAAUACUACAAUGCUGCAAUUCACAGAGCGGCAUUCGUACUGCCCGAGUUUGCACUACAGAGAUUAGAAAUGGAAGGAGAAUCGCCCGAGGCAAGAGUGAAUGGCGGAAGGGAAGAUGCACAAGGAACAAACGGAGUCAAGGAAGACAACUCUUAAAAAAAAAAGAAGCAGGGUAACGCUAAGCUUCACAGACACAGCUUCGGAGUGGAAUCAAAUUUGAUGUGGAAAUGUUACUGCUGUAAUAGAUAAUCAAAGAUUGAAUGCACCG